AUGUCGGCUUCGUAUCAGCUUCAUGUCAGCUUCAUGUCGGCUUCAUGUCGGCUUGAUUUCGGCUCUCCGUGCCUGCAGGUGCACAACGACCCGGGCUGCGGCUCCGCCCCCUAUAGCUGCCAGCGCUCCGUCAGCCUCUUCCUGCCGUGGGAGGGCGAGCUCCGGCUGCACGCCGGCGGCGUCACCUACGAAGGUCAAAGCCUGCAGCUGCCCCACCACCUCCACCAGCUGCAGCUGGAGCGGAUCGGCCAGUACGUGCUGGUGACGCAGCCCCGGGGCUUCACGCUGGCCUGGGAGGGGGGCGCCGGCUCCGUCUACAUCAAGCCCCACCCCGAGUUCGUGGGCCGGACCUGCGGGAUGUGCGGCAACUUCAACGCCGACGUCCAGGACGACCUGAAAACCAGCUACGGCGUGCUGACUCAGGACAUUGAAAUGUUUGGAAACAGCUGGCUGGAAGCAGACCCCCACCAGGGGCCGUGCCCCCCCGUGCCCUCUGGUUUCUCCUCACCGUGUGCCGGACUCGAUGCCCUCGUCCUCCAGGAGGUGGACGAGCUGUGUGCCCUGCUGCUCGACCCCCCCUUCCAGAGCUGCCACGACUUUGUGAGCCCCCUGUCCUACAUGGCCAGCUGCUCCAACGACCUCUGCUCGUCUGGGCCCGGCGGGGAGGUGCUCUGCCAGGUGUUCAGCGAGUACGCCCGGGCCUGCGCCCACGCCGACCACCCCCUGCACGGCUGGAGGGGGCAGGUGCCCCACUGCGAGAAGCCGUGUCCUCUGGGGCUGCAGCAGCGGGAAUGCAUAAGCUGCUGCCCGGCGUCCUGCAGCCUGGAGCCCGAAUGCAUCGACACCAAGCUGGCCUGCCUGGACGGCUGCUACUGCCCCGAGGGUCUGAUCUAUGAGAAUGGAGGCUGCGUGACGCCCUCUGAGUGCCCGUGUGAAUAUCACGGCAUGGUUUAUCCCUCCGGACAGAUGCUGCAGGAGGAAUGCAACAACUGCACGUGCACAGGAGGAGUGUGGAACUGCACUGAACGUAGCUGCCCAGGUGAAUGCUCAGUGACAGGCGACAUGUAUUUCCAGUCCUUUGACGGGCGGAUCUACACCUUCCCCGCAACGUGCCAGUACGUGCUCGCCAAGAGCCGCAGCUCAGGGAGGUUCACCGUCACCAUCCAGAACGCACCCUGCGGAGCCAAUUUGGACGGGGCCUGCAUCCAGUCGGUGAGCCUGGUGGUGGACGAGGACCCCCGGACGGAGAUCACGCUGAGCCCGGCGGGGGAGGUCUUCCUGGCCGGGCAGCACCGCGUCUCGCUGCCCUACUCGGACGCGGCCUACGCCUCAGAGAUGUGCGACGUGCUGAACCAGGACCUGUUCUCCGCCUGCCACGAGUACGUGAGCCCGGCGGGCUUCCAGCAGCGGUGCCGGGCGGACGCCUGCCGCUGCGGGGCGCCCUGCCUCUGCGCCGCCCUGGCCCACUACGCACGCCACUGCCGACGCUUCUCCGUCAUCGUAGACUUCCGGGCGCACGUGCCCGACUGCGCCGUGACCUGUCCGGCCACCAUGCAGUACGGCACCUGCGUGUCGGCCUGCCGGCGCCGCUGCUCCGCCCUCUCCGCCCCCCCGCGCUGCGGGGACGAGUGUGAGGAGGGCUGCGUCUGCCCCGAGGGCUCCUUCUACAGCCAGAGGACACACACCUGCGUGCACAGGAGCGAGUGUCCCUGCAGUUUCCUGGGAGCAGAUUAUGAGCCGGGAGACGUGGUCAUGACGUCAGCAGGAGUUCAGCUGUGUCUGGACGGCAAGCUGGUGGCCCAGGCUGCAGACAGUGACGGGCUGUGUCCAGCAGGCCAGCUCUACCAGAACUGCUCACAGGAGGAGGACGGCCCCCUGGCAGGGAGGGGCGUGGCCUGUGAGCGCACCUGCGAGUCCCACCUGCUCAACAUCACCUGCCCUGUGCACGAGCCCUGUGUGGCAGGCUGCAGCUGCCCCCCCGGUGCAUGGCUCCCUGAAAGCCGAUAUUUUGUGGACGAAUUUAGUGACGGCCCCCGGGUUUGUGUCGCUCUGCUGUCCGCGGCCCUGCCAGUGGACACGGCUCAGUCCGGGAUAUUACAAGAUGCUUAUCGGCGUUGUCUCGCAGAGUGGCGAGCAAACGGAGGGGCGCAGACAAAGGCGGCUUCUUUCUCCAGCUCUGAGAAUCCUAAUUGCCUGGGGCUGCUGGGGAAGCCGACCCGCUUUGGCCGGGCCUCUGUCGGUCCGCUGGCAGAGAGCCGGCUCCUGACAGAGACGGGCAGGAGAGGGAAUCUGCUGAAACAUGGAGACGAGUGCUUCGAGCCCGAGGCCUGUCCCUGUCUCUGGAAAGGAAAAGAAUAUUUCCCUGGGGACAGAGUCUCCUCCCCCUGCUACCAGUGUGUGUGCCAGCACGGGAGCUUCCAGUGCACGUUUCGCCCGUGCCCGUCCAUGUGCACGGCCUACGGAGACCGCCACUACAGGACCUUUGACGGGCUGCUGUUUGACUACGUCGGAGCUUGCAAAGUCUACCUCGUAAAGAGCGGUGCUGACGCGAUGCUCAGCAUCACGGCCGAGAACGUGGACUGCUUCGACAGCGGGCCCAUCUGCAGGAAGUCCCUCCUGGUCAACAUCGGGAGAUCCUUCGUCGCGUUCGACGACGACUCGGGGAAGCCGAAUCCGUCCAGCGUGAUUGACAGGAAGCAGCGGAUGUUCAUCUGGCCGGCCGGAUAUUUCACCGUCAUUCACUUCCCAGACGAUGACGUCACUCUUCUCUGGGACCGCAAGACCACGGUUCACGUCCAGGUCGGACCUCAGUGGCAGGGGAAGCUGAGUGGGCUGUGUGGAAACUUUGACCUGAAGACGGUCAACGAGAUGCGGACGCCUGAUAACAUCGCCUCCCCAACAGCACAGGAGUUCGGAAACAGCUGGACGGCAACAGAGUGUGUGAACAGCCCGGACAUCAGACACCCCUGCAGCCUCAGCCCUCUCAGAGAGCCGUUUGCAAAGCGCCAGUGUGCCAUCCUGCUCGGAGAGGUCUUCCAGUCCUGCCACCCAGUGGUGGACGUUACCUGGUUCUACAUGAACUGCCUGGCGGACACGUGCGCCUGCAGCCGUGGAGGCGACUGCGAGUGCUUCUGCACCAGCGUGGCGGCCUACGCCCAGCGCUGCUGCCACGAGGGCGUGCCCGUGGACUGGCGCUCCCCCGCCCUCUGCCCGUACGAUUGUGAAUUCUACAACAAAGACUUCUUUUGA